AAUUGUGAUUGCUUAUCUAUACCCGUGCUGUAUUCUUACUAGCCAUAUUUUCUAUUUUUUUUAUUGUUUAAAAUAUUGGUUUUUAUAAAAAUACAGUUAAAAAGUUCUAUAAUGCUCAAUAAAAUAAUAAUUAUUAAGUACAAAUAAUCAAAUCAGUAUUUAGACGGAAAGUUUAAAACACCUUUAAUGCGGUCGUCUAAAAAAAGCACUGAUUAGAUGUACUCAAUAAUUACUUUAUUCAGCAUUCAAAAAAUGGUUUAAAAUUGUUUAACUUAAUUUUUUAUGAAAACGCUCUAUGAUGUACGGGCGUUACUUCAAAAACAUAAACAUAUACAUAUUUGUAUGUUUUCUAUAUAAAUAUAAUUACAUAUAUAUUGUGUUACAUUGCACAAAGCAGAUGGACAUGCCAAAAAAGAUGAGCAAAAGUAGAGAAAGAAGUAGAGAAAGAAGUAGAGAGAGAAGUAAAGAGAGAAGGAGAAGUGGAGAAAGAAGUAGAGAGAGAAGAAGUGGAGAGAGGAGAAACAUGGAAAAUAGGAAGAGGAAUGUAGAGAGGAUGAAAGAUGGAACGAAAGAUGGAGGAAAGAAAAAUAAUCAAAGGUUUGAAGAAAAGGAGAAAGAAAAUGAAAAGAUGAAAAAAAAGAGGAAGAAAGAGACAAGAAAAAGAAAAGAUCGCAAAAUGCAGAGAGUAUGAUAACUAGCGAGGUUGAGGAUACAGAAGAGGAGGAGGAGGAAGAGAAGGAGGAAGAAAUGAUAAAAAAGAAAAGAGGAGGAAGAAAUUUAAAAGAAAGAAACCAGAGAUAUUAUUCAUCAAGAGCAAGGGCGAGAGGAAAGUGGAUGAGACAGAGAGAGUGGAGAGGAGGUGCGGUCGGAUGGAGAGGAGAUGCGGGCGGAUGGAGAGGAGGUGCGGGCGGAUGGAGAGGAGGUGCGGACGGAUGGAGAGGAGGUGCGGGUGGAUGGAGAGGAGGUGCGGGCGGAUGGGGAAGAGGUGAAGGCGGACGAAGAGCCCCACAUAAUGGCCCAGUAUUUAAUUUCUUUACAAUUAAAGGUCAAAAUAUAAAAAAUAAAAAUUAAUUUCUAAUA